CGGACUGGUACUUGUAAAGAUUACUGGUGAAAACUAAAUGCUCAGUGUCAUCAAACUCAACUUCAUGGAUGGUGAAAAUCUUGAUGCUGAGAUAAAAAAUGAGAAUAUGAUGGGGGACUAGUCACUGAGGGACCGAGAGGUGAUUGAAUCGUCGACAUGGUGAAGGAUUGAAACUCUAGUGUAUUUUUGUUAUUGUUUUUGAGUUCUAAGGGAUGUGGAUGUAUAUUAUGAAAUUUGGUGGUUGAAUAUAUAAAUGAUAAGAGUCUAUGUGUAAUGUUUAUAAUGUCGAAAAACUAAAAAUAAGUAUUAAUUAAUCCUAAUUUUUUAUUUUUCAUUCGAAAGAGCAUUGGCAUCUCUCUCUUCCCCGUAAACGAUCAGUUCAUGACUGGAAUAAGGCCUUUCCCCAUUUUCUGGCCGCAUAAAGGCUCUGUUGCUCCUACGAUUUCGAGAUCCCUUCGUCCCCAAAUACUCUUGGCCUUGUAAAUCAUCAGUUCUCGCAAAAUUUGGUCAAUUUGUGGGAAAAGGAUUGGGCAUAGAAAGAAUCCAAAUUCUUGGGUUUCAACGCUCUUCGAGAAACCAUAAUGCCCGCGAUGGACAAUCGAGAAACCAUUCAGGGAUCUUCCGUUCCAUUCGCCGUGAUCGGCCGCUCCCUCCUAAGCCUCCGGCGAUAUCAAGUUCAUGCCAUCGAUGGCCAGCACGAGCUCGACUCAAGCCAGGAGCAGGAGCUCGAUCUCUACCAGUGCCAAGUCGCUGAUCUAUUCACCGGCCUUUCUUCUUCGGGUGGAGACGAGCUGCUCUCCCUUUCCUGGGUCCGUAAGCUACUCCAUUCAUUCCUCCUUUGCCAAGAGGAAUUCCGUGUCAUUCUCUUCAAUAACCGGCCGAUCCUCUCCCGUCCUCCACUCGAUCGUCUUAUCUCUGAGCUCUACGAUCGCGGGGUCAAGGCCCUCGACGUCUGCAACGCCAUAUGCGACGGGAUCGAACAGGUGAGGCAGUGGCAGAAGCAUAUCGAGAUUGUUCUCAUUUCCUUAAAUCCGUGCAAUAAACCCAUUGGCGAGGGCCACUCAACUUGUCUGGCCUCACAUGCUUCACCACGGAAGUUUGCAUCAGCUAUUACCCGACAGAAGAAGUAG